AUGCCACCUCAGUUCUUUUUCAGGAUGGGCGGCUAUGGAAUAAAGUUGUCAUCAUUGGUCUUGCUCCCUGCCACUAUUUCAGGCGAUGCCCUUACAAUGAACAAGUACACGGCUGAGGAACUAAAUCAUCUAGUUAUGCAGGAAGAUGAACCAGCAUCCUCUGAUUCGCAAUCGCUGGGACACAUGCUCUCUCAUAUCUUUCAGCCUUUCAGCAUACCUCUACCAGAUUUAUCUACACUCCGGAUCCCACUCAAAAACAUCCUUCAUCACAAUGAAUUGAAGGCAGAGCCCAAACUACUAGCCAACCCCACUGCAACACGCACAUGGACUGUGGCCCACACAUAUAAAGCAUUACCUGGUAGUGAGGUGAAGCGGAAACUCGAUCUCCUCUUAUCAGACGAGAUCAUGGCAAAUUGGGGGAAUAUCAGGGUGUCAGCUGAGCUGACGCACAGUUCAUAUCAACCUGUGUUGCGACUUGUGAAAGCUGCUGAUGGUCAUGCAUACCUCAUGCUGAGUGAGCAGCCCUGGAGGUGCUUUGUGCUUGUACUAUCACUCACCAACAAGUACCAGGAGCUCAGAGUCCUUUUCUAUGAUCAUGCCGGUGGUGUUGUGUCCCCUGCCUUUAAUAUCUACCAAAAACCAAGCAUUGUUGCUCACAUUAUUGCUGCCCUUCAUUUCAGUAGCCUCGAGUGA